UAGAUGAACUAACUUCUUUGGAGUUUGUGAGCGGAAUAUAAUAUGUGUGGUCUUGCUGCUAAUUCUUAACUUGUUUUGUUUAGUAGUUUACGUAACGAACAUGAGUGUUUUGGAUAAAGAAACGAAUUCAGAGAGGAAAAAUGGUGUAGCUGUCAUCAAAGCAGAGUUUAUAAUUUCUGAUCAUACAAGAACAUUAUCAUUAGAAUGCAUUUCUGAAAGUGAUAAAGAAAGACUUGCAGCACGGGAUGGUGAUAAUGGCAGUGAAUACAAUGAUAAAGGAGAUGAAAGUACUUCCCAGCCGUACAAGAAACAGAAACUGAGUAACAGUGAAAAGAAGAGACUUAGGGGACAGAAUAAGGCACGACCCCCACCCUUUAAACAUAUCAGGGAGAUGAAUUUGUGUCCAACUCUGAUUGACAUCUCUGAAAGUGAGGAAUUGCCAAUUUGUGGCAAUCCCAAGUGCAGCUUUCUUCAUGAUGUGUCAGCAUAUUUGGCUGCAAAGUCACCCGAUCUAAGUUCCAUGUGCUAUGUAUAUUCCACGCAAGGCCGUUGUCCACGAGGUGCUUCUUGCAGGUUUGGUUCACAGCACUUAACCCCGUCUGGCAGAAAUAUUAUUAACAUUACAUUACAUGAGAAAUUUCGUGAGACAAAAUCAACUUUUAAUCAACUUGACAAAAGUGUUCAGUUCAGUCUUCGCAAACGUCAUUACGAUUUUUCCAAGAGUGACUCCGUUAUUGCCAAAUAUGACAGGAAAUCUAAAGAGAAAGUGCAGUACAGACACAGUAAGAAAGAUUUGCUACAAAAUGAAAGCAAAGGAAAGGAGCAAUUAACAAAAGAAGUUAGUGGAGAAAAUAACACUUUACGUGACGUCAAUGAUAGGGCAGAUGUAGACUUUAUUUGUAAAGUAGACUCUGAAAAUGACAAUGGAAGUGAAAACUGCGCUGAUGGAGACAGUGUGACAUCUGUGGGUGAGAUCAAAAGAUCUGGAGCAAUAACUGAUGAAGACGUGAUAAAGGUUCGAACGGAGGAAAGAAAGAGGGUUGAAUGGAAUGGAAAGCUUUAUCUGUCUCCGUUAACAACAGUUGGAAACCUCCCAUUUCGCCGAAUCUGCAAAGAGUUUGGAGCAGAGAUUACAUGUGGGGAAAUGGCAAUGGCUAGUUCUUUACUGCAAGGCGUACAGCAAGAAUGGGCUCUGGUUAAGAGACAUGCAUCAGAGGACUUGUUUGGAGUCCAACUGUGCGGUAACAAUCCAUAUGUUAUGACACGGUGUGCCCAAAUGCUAGAAGAGAAGACGCAGAUCGAUUUUAUUGACGUCAACCUGGGCUGUCCAAUAGAACUUGUUUAUCAACAGGGUGGAGGUAGUGGCUUGCUGAGGCGUGAAAAAACACUGGAGUCAGUAAUUCGAUGCAUGAGCAAUGUUAUCAACCUCCCGCUGACUGUGAAGACGAGGACCGGCGUCUAUGCCAAUAAAAACAUGGCCCACGCGCUCAUACCAAAUUUCCAGGAGUGGGGUGCUUCACUUGUGACGGUGCACGGUCGAUCUCGAGAGCAGCGCUAUACGAAGAGUGCAGACUGGAAGUACAUUGAGCAGUGUGCCCAGUUAGGGUCCCCACUCCCAGUGUUUGGGAACGGCGACAUCUUGAGCUAUGAAGACUACGAGCAAGCGCUAGUCAACAGUCCCACUGUAGCAGGGAUCAUGAUUGGCCGCGGUGCCCUCAUUAAACCGUGGAUAUUCACUGAAGUGAAGGAGCAGCGUCACUGGGACAUAUCAAGUUCGGAUCGGUUAGGCAUUCUGAAGAAGUACGUUAACUAUGGCUUGGAACAUUGGGGAUCAGAUACCAAGGGAGUGGAGAAUACCCGGCGAUUUCUUCUCGAAUGGCUGUCUUUCUUGCAUCGGUAUAUUCCAGUUGGGCUGUUAGAGUACCCACCUCAGAAGAUAAACCAGCGCCCGCCGUAUUAUCGCGGCCGUGAUGAACUGGAGACGCUGAUGGCUAGUCCUAGCUGCGCAGAUUGGCUUCGUAUUAGUGAAAUGCUUCUCGGUCCAGUUCCUGAGAACUACCACUUUCUGCCAAAGCACAAGGCAAACUCUUGGAAGUAGUUUGUGUUCUGUACUGUGCAGUUAUCUGACGAAGAAAUAAACCAUACUGGUAUUUUCUGUCA